AUGUUUAUAUUUGAAUGGUACGGCCACUCCACCCCGAGCACCAUUCCCGGCAAGAUCUUCACCAUAUUUUACGCCAUGGUAGGAAUUCCUCUCUGCCUCGUCCUCUUCCACUCCAUCGGUGAACGUUUGAACAAAGUCUCGUCCAUUGUUAUCAAAAGUAUUAAGAAACUGCUGAAGUGCCGCAACACCGACGCGACGGAGAUCGACCUCAUCCUGGUGGUGACGACCCUCUCCACCAUCACCAUCACCUCCGGCGCGGCCGUCUUCAGGAGCUACGAGGGCUGGACGUAUUUCAACUCCGUCUACUACUGCGUCAUCACUCUUACCACUAUAGGAUUCGGCGACAUGGUGGCGUUGCAGCGCGAGAACACCCUGAACGAGAAACCCGAGUACGUGGCCUUCGCGCUGGUCUUCAUCCUGUUCGGGAUGGCCAUCGUCGCCGCCUCGCUCAAUCUCUUCGUGCUGCGCUUCGUCACCAUGAACACGGAGGAUGAGCGGCGGGACGAGGCGGAGGCGCAGCAGGCGGCGGCGGGGGCGGUGCGGCUGGAGGGCGACGUCAUCACGGCCAACGGGUCCAUCCUCUCGGGCCAGUGUCCGCAGGAGGCAGCGUCCUUCACCGACCUGACCUCCGUGAGCAUGCGGAAGAACCCCAUCAGCCUGGCGUACAUCCUGCCGCAUCGCCGCAACUUCCGCAAGAGCCAGUCGCAGCACCAUCAGGUCACGCACACGGAGACGCAAGAGGACCUGUGUUCCUCGUCCGAGUUCGAGGCGGUCGCGACGCCAGCGCACCUGCAGAAGCGGAACUCUGUCUAGCCUCAUGGCGGUCGGAACAUAGAAAAAGCGAGAAGGA